AAGAGGUUCAGAGCUGCAGGAGGAGUUGGAUAAAUAUACUCAGGCCCUAAGAACAAAUGAAAUUUCAAGGCAAACCAUAGAGGAAAAAGACAGAAGUCUUGCAUCCAUGAAAGAGGAAAACAAUCAUCUGAAAGAAGAACUGGAACGCCUCAGGGAGCAGCAGAGUCGGGCUGCCCCUGCAGCUGAGCCUAAAACACUGGACGUUAUUAUAGAACUGGAAUCUGAGGUGUCUCGGCUGAAUAUAAUAAAGGGGGACCUUGAGGAGGAAAUAAAGCGCUAUCAAAAGACAAUUGAAGAUCAAAACCAGAGUAAGAUGCAGCUACUUCAGUCUUUACAAGAGCAGAAAAAGGAGAUGGAUGAGUUCAAAUACCAGCAUGAGCAAAUGAAUAUCACACAUACUCAGCUCUUUUUAGAGAAGGAUGAGGAAAUUAAGAGUUUGCAAAAAACAGUUGAACAAAUCAAAACCCAGUUUCAUGAAGAAAGACAGGACAUUCAAACAGAAAAUUCUGAUAUUUUUCAAGAAACAAAAGUUCAGACCCUUAAUAUAGAAAAUGGAAGUGAGAAGCAUGAUUUAUCUAAGGCCGAAACGGAAAGAUUAGUGAAAGGAAUCAAAGAGCGAGAAUUGGAGAUUAAACUUCUAAAUGAAAAGAAUAUAUCUUUAACUAAGCAGAUUGAUCAGCUGUCCAAAGAUGAGGUUGGUAAACUAACUCAGAUCAUCCAGCAGAAGGACUUGGAGAUCCAGGCUCUCCAUGCCAGGAUCUCCUCCGCUUCCUACACGCACGAUGCUGUUUACCUUCAUCAGCAGCUGCAGGCCUACGCGAUGGAAAGGGAACAAGUAUUAGCUGUUUUGAGUGAGAAGACGAGGGAAAAUAGCCACCUAAAAACAGAAUAUCACAAAAUGAUGGAUAUAGUUGCUGCCAAAGAGACAGCCCUCAUUAAGCUGCAAGAAGAAAAUAAGAAAUUGUCCACGAGAUUUGAAAGUAGCGGCCAGGAUAUGUUUAGAGAAACGGUUCAGAAUUUAUCACGGAUCAUUCGAGAAAAAGACAUUGAAAUAGAUGCAUUAAGUCAGAAGUGCCAGACUUUAUUGACUGUUUUACAGACGUCCAGCGCUGAUAAUGCGGUGGGAAGUGUUAACAGUAACCAGUUUGAGGAGCUCCUGCGGGAGCGUGAUAAGCUGAAGCAGCAGGUGAAAAAGAUGGAAGAGUGGAAGCAGCAGGUGAUGACCACGGUCCAGAACAUGCAGCACGAGUCGGCCCAGCUCCAGGAGGAGCUCCAUCAGCUUCAGGCGCAGGUGUCCGUUGACAGUGAUAACAAUUCUAAGUUACAGGUGGACUAUACUGGCCUGAUCCAGAGUUAUGAACAGAAUGAAACCAAGCUGAAAAAUUUCGGUCAGGAACUAGCACAGGUUCAACAUAGCAUUGGACAGCUUUGUAAUACCAAGGACCUCCUUCUAGGGAAACUGGAUGUGAUUUCGCCACAGUUCUCUGGAUCUUCCCUCACUGUCCAAUCGGCAGAGCCCCCGAGGGCAAGCCAGUCGGACAAAUCGAGGGAGUCUUCUCAGUUGCUUCAACAAGAGAUAGAAGAGCUCAGAAAAUCACUGCAGGAGAAAGAUGCCAUGAUUAGAACUCUCCAGGAAAACAAUCACAGGUUGUCAGAUUCGAUGGCUGCCUCCUCGGAGCUCGGAAGAAGAGAACAUGAGCAGACGGAUUCAGAAAUGAAGCAAAUCAAGGAGAAACAAGAUGUUUUACAAAAGUUGCUUAAGGAAAAAGACCUCUUAAUCAAAGCCAAAAGUGAUCAGUUACUUUCUCUAAAUGAAAAUUUCACCAGUAAAGCAAAUGAAAAUGAACUUUUGAGGCAGGCGGUAACAAACCUGAAGGAGCGGGUCUUAAUUUUAGAAAUGGACAUUUGUAAACUAAAAGAGGAAAACGAAAAAAUACUAGAAACGUCCAGGGGAAAGGAAACAGAGUAUCAAGCGUUACAAGAGACUAACACCAAGUUUUCUAUGAUGCUGCGCGAAAAAGAGUUUGAAAGCCACGUCGUGAAGGAGAAGGCUCUUGCUUUUGAGCAACUGCUGAAAGAAAAAGAGCAGGUUCAACAUUUACAUGACAAAGAAUUACGCUUAAACCAGGAGCUAGAGAGACUGCGUAACCACCUUUUAGAAUCAGAAGAUUCUUACACCCGUGAAGCUUUGGCUGCAGAAGACAGGGAGGCUAAACUCAGAAAGAAGGUCACAGCACUGGAAGAAAAGCUAGUCUCAUCCUCUAAUGCAAUGGAAAAUGCAAG